CAACUGUGUACAUGAUGGCACAGGAGCAGUAGUAUCUCUAAGCAAUGUUCUGCACUGUAUCAUCCGUAUUAUAUAUAAGUGAAUAAAAAAACUGCAGAUUUUAUUGUGGAAUUCCAAAAGCAGCUACAGCUAGCCUACAUCGCCGGUCUAGCUCAACAAGAUUGGUACCGUAUCUAUAAGACUAUAAGAUAAAUUCGCCUGAUAUAUCUCCAAGAAAAAGCAAGCCCAUCGUCCUACCGUAUUAGCAAUGGAGGCAGCAGCAGGAGAGGGGCCGACGACGACGAUGAAGACGGUGUGCGUGACCGGCGCGGGGGGUUUCGUGGCCUCGUGGCUCGUCGAGCGCCUCCUCGCCGGCGGACGAUACAAGAUCCACGGCACCGUCCGCGAUCCCGGCGACGCCAAGAACGCGCACCUGCUGGGGCUGGACGGCGCCGCGGAGCGGCUGCGGCUGUUCAAGGCCGACCUGCUCGACUUCGGCAGCCUGGCGGCGGCCAUUGCAGGCUGUGACGGCGUCUUCCACGUGGCCUGCCCCGUCCCCGACUAUACCCUCACCGACCCCGAGACCGAGCUGCUGGCUCCUGCCGUGACGGGCACCAUGAACAUCCUCAGGGCGUGCUCCGACGCCCAUGUCAGGAGGGUCGUCGUGGUCUCCUCUCUCUCGGCUGUCAUGAUAAACCCUGACUGGGGCGAGUGCAAGGUCAUGGACGAAGGUUGCUGGUCUGAUGUCGACCUCUGCAGAACUACUAAGGACUGGUAUUGCCUUUCCAAGACACUGGCAGAGAUGGAGGCAUUUGACUACGCCAAGAGAACCGGAGUGGACGUGGUUUCAGUUUGUCCAUCCCUAGUGAUCGGGCCAAUGCUGCAACUGACAGUGAACGCGAGCAGUUCGGUCGUGGUUGACUUCCUCAAAGGAGACCGUUUGGUGAAAAUGAAACUCAGACACUUCGUGGAUGUUCGCGACGUCGCCGAUGCUCUUCUCCUGGUGUAUGAGACCCCGGAGGCAUCUGGGAGGUAUAUCUGCAAUUCGCACGCGAGGCUGGUGUCUGAUGUCAUAAGGCUACUCAGGAGCUGGUACCCGACCUAUCAAUGUGCCACCAAGUUCGUGCAAGUGAGCCACGAGCCCGCGUUCAGUUCCAACAAGUUGCAGGCGCUUGGCUGGAAAUUCAGGCCGUUUGAGGAGACCCUCAGGGACAGCGUUGAAUCCUUCAAGGCUGCAGGCGUCAUCCACUGAGGAAACACCACUGCCGUGAGCAUUUGAAAAAUCCAAGCCAUUGCCUCGUGCAGUACACCAGUCUUGAUCGAUAAUUGGGAUGAGUAAUGUGUAAUCAUCAAAAGGGGAUCAAUGUUUGUUCGUGUCAUAGACUGCAUUUAGCAAUAGCAGUAAUAAGUACAUGGAAUUUAUAUGAAGGUAUGUUAUCUUCUUUUUUUUGAAA